AUGAUGGGUCAAUGGGGGGAAGAAGAUGAUGAAAAGGUGGUGAUCAGAUGCUAUGACGAUCGUAGGGACAGAAUUGAAUUGGAGUGUGUGGAGAAAAGUUGUGAGAUUGGUCACAACGACCAAACCUUAAUCUUCACAGACACUUUAGGCGAUCCCAUCUGCAGGAUCCGUAACACUCCUCUCUUCACUAUGAUGGUGGCAGAAGUUGGGAACAAGUUGGUGGGUUCCAUAAAAGGCUCAGUAAAGCCAGUGGAGUUUCAUGAUAAGUUAGUGAAAGUGGGUUACGUUCUUGGUCUUAGAGUUGUUCCGUGGUAUCGACGCCGUGGCAUUGGCUCGACUCUGGUGAGAAAGCUUGAGGAAUGGUUCGUAUCCCACAAUGUUGACUAUGCUUACAUGGCCACCCAAAAGGACAAUGACGCCUCUCUCGGUCUCUUUGUCGGAACACUUGGAUAUGUCGUCUUCAAAAACCCGUCUAUUCUUGUCAAUCCUGUCAACCCCAGCGGCGGUUUAAAACUGCCUUCCGAUAUCGGAAUAAGGAAGCUAAAGGUGAAAGAAGCCGCGUCAUGGUACCGGAGAUACGUGGCACCAAAGACAGAGUUUUUCCCGGACGACAUAGACAGAAUCUUGCGGAACAAGUUAAGUAUCGGGACAUGGGUGGCUUAUUACAAAAACAGCGACAACAUCCGAAGUUGGGCAAUGCUUAGUGUUUGGAACACUAGCAAAGUAUUCAAACUUCAGAUUGGAAAAUCUCCUUUGAGUUAUUUGCUUCUCACCAAAGUUUGCAACUUUCUCGGUAGAUUCUUGCAGUUCUUGAGAUUAUCUUCGUUACCUGAUCUGUUUACACCGUUUGGUUUCUAUUUCCUCUACGGGGUUCACGCGGAAGGUCCGUUAAGUGGGAAACUCGUUAGGGCUUUGUAUGAGCACGCUCAUAACAUGGCUGCGUCAGAUGACGGUGGCGCGUGUAAACUCGUGGUGGUAGAGGUUGACGGAGAAGGUGGCGAAGAUGAUGAGUCUCUUCUUAAAUGUAUUCCUCAUUGGAAAAUGUUUUCGUGUGAUGAUGACACAUGGUGCAUCAAGCCGUUGAAAUGUGAAGAUGAGAUGUCUUGUUUGAGUGAAUUUACCAAGAUGUCUUUGAGUUCGAAAUCGCGGUCACUCUUUGUGGAUCCAAGAGAUGUGUAG